UUCUUCUUUAGUAACACAGUGAAUGGGGAAUUGUGGAAGAGCAUUCUGGCCUGUAGCCAUUUAUUACAUAACAUGCUGAAUUUCAAAAGCCGUACUUAUCCUCGAUGUAAUUCUGUCAGCUUCAGUGGCUUGCACCAGGACUGUUUGGUUUUGAACGUGAAUGUACAAAGAAAAGCUGGGCUUUCCAGUCUCUGGCAAACAGUAAAUGAUGUGGAUCAUGUGUUAAAUAUGUAAUCAAAGCUUGGAUCUUCAUCAAUAGGCAGUAUUUUUAAAGCGAAGCAGUUAAACUAUUAAUGUAAAUGAAGGACGGGAGGUGUUAAGAGAGGUUGGUUGGCUGUGGUGAGGUUUUGUUUUGUACAAAGCUAUUGGAAACUAACACUGCAAAGCUGCUAUUUCUUAUGCAGAUUACUUAUUUCAUAAACAUCAGGUUUCGUAUACAAAUGCUUUCUCUAAUCACAAAUGGUUACUGACAACUUGAAGUUACAGUUAAGCAACACUACCCAGCUAGAGCAGAGCAAUAUCCCUCGUUCGGCCGCUGCCUGCGAUCGGGCGUACUGCGGAACUUCCCGGGAACGGAAAGAGGAUCCUAACGCACUACAACAGGCAUGGGACUGGAAGGCGCACGACGAGGUAGAGCCGGUACCCGGGAAGGCAGCCAGCCCCGCAGCCCGGCUCGGAUGCCGCCGCCCCGCAGCAUCGCUCGGAGCCGCCUCCCGGCGUGGCCCCGGCGCAGGGUCCGGUGUCGGCGGCUUUUCCCCGCAUCGCCGGCAGCCCCCGCCGGCACCGACAGCCGCACGGAGCUCCUGCCGGCAGCCCGGGUCACGUGUGCGGGCCGUAAUCCCGGAGAGGGGGUGUCAGCACCGGGGGAAGGGGGCGGCGGGAGGAGGGGCUGCCGCCGAUGAGGGCUGAAGCCGGGUACCCGGCCGGCUGCGGGCGCCGCUGCGGGCGAGGCGGGGGCUGCAGCCAUGGCCUGGCCCUGCAUCAGCCGGGUGUGCUGCCUGGCCCGUUUCUGGAGCCAGCUGGACAAGUCCGACCUCUCCGUGCCGCUCACCAUCCACAACUACUCGGACAUCGAGGAGCAGGAGGACGGGACGCCCCAGCGCGGCGGCCCCCCCGCGCGGGGCAGCGCUCGCCCGCCCGCCCCGGCCCCCCGCCCGCGGGACCCCGCCGCUGGGAAGCCGAGCGGCCGCAGGAAGGGCCGGACGGUCGCGGCCGGGGAGCCCUUCUCGGCGGAGACCCAGUACCGGAGGGACUUCAGAGCGUGGCCCCUCCCGAGGAGGGACGCCUUCCCCUGGGUCAGCGCCAGCAGCGGCGGGAGGGACGGGGCCGCCCCCCAGCCCGCCCCGGGCCGCGCCGCCUGCGCCCUGCCCGGCGGCGGCGGACGGCCGGCGGCGGACGGCUGCGGCGGCCCCGAGCAGCUCCGGCCGCGCUUACAGGUGGACGGCGGCCACACCACCUCCUACAGGCAAGAGUAUCGUGCAUGGACUGGAGUAAAACCAUCCAAGCCUAUAAAGACAAAGCAAGGCUUCAUUAUCCCAGAAGACCAUUUUGUUCAAGAGACAAGCUACAAGGCAGAUUUUAAGAUCCCAGAGGUGAAGACCAGGUUCUCCCCCAACCCUUCUGCUGUUUUCCAGGCGCCCUCACGGAUCCUCAACGUGUGAACCUGGACUCUCGGCACACCCAGGCAGCUGAAACGUGGCGUUUCUGUUCAGAUGUAUCACUAUGCAAUUUUCAUGAGGAGCGUUGAGAUCAAAGAACCAGUAUUAUCAAAAGCAGCUCCAAUGAUUAAUGUUAUGCACACACACUUUCUGUUAACAUAACAAACCGCAAAGCGCUUGGUUCAGAACUGGCAAAACACGCUGCGAGGAGUGACCUAGUUUUUCACAGGAGCAGGUUCACUGCUAUGCCAGCUGGUGUCACGUUAGGAGAUUGAUUUUGGGCAGCAAAGGCUGUAUUGCAGGCACCAUCCCUACAUUUAACCAUACAGGGCAGGAGAGCAAACAACUGCAGGUGGGAUGGAUAAUUAAAACCAAAAAGAGUUUCUUUUGGCAGCACUCUCUAAGUAGGCCAGUGAAAGACAGGGAGGGUCUGGCUGACUUUGAGCUUCUUGAGGGAUUUGGGGAAUAGGACCUCAAAUGGCAUCACCAGAAAUCAUAGCACCAAAGGGGCUGAUCUGAACUUCCAGGGUUGUUUUAGAAGCUGGAGGAAGCCAGCAUCGUUGAACUCUAAAAUAAAAUGGGCACAUGCAGUGUCUUAGGGCUUUAAGGCUGGAAAGCUGGAUAUUUCCAAAAUUGGUAGGCUGACACAGGAGCAAGAGGGGACUGAACUUUGGGAACCAGCCCUGACAGCAACACUCUGGUCUGGUUUGGAGGGGAUUGCAUGGACAGAACCACCUAAGCACCUACCAGACUGCAGAGGAUCUAAACUAUUUAUGUAAUUUAUAUAGCCGUUAGGGCGAGUGUAAAUAUUGUAUACGGACUUUACCUAAAGCGAUCUGUGAUCCUUUAAUGAAAAGGACAUGCUUAUACUUUUAAUAAAUGUUAACUCUUUGCAUAUGCAAGGUGGAAAAGAUUGCCUUGAAAUUCCUAAAUUAUUGCCUGUGUAUUGGUAAUGCUAAUGCUAGGAACAACCAGAAGUGAAUGUUACUUAGAAACUCUUCUUAAAGAACAAUGUAAUGUAGAAUGUAAGACAUCCUUCAUUUUUAAGAUAGGCCAUUUUAAAUGUCAUUCUAAAGCCGAUUUUUUUUAGACUGGUGUGCAUCUAACUUUUGCUGAGGUACAUGUGUUUCAAUAAACCAUUUUUUAGCCUUUGUUCAUUGAGACUGUAGUGGGCUUACAGUUUCCAUCUCAAAGACUUAUGCAAUAUAAUUAGUCUACUGCUUAUUUCAUGGUUUUUGCUAAUUAUUUUUGAAGAAAAAAAAAAGAAGAAAAACUUCUACUUGAUGUGUUUGGACCCAGAGGACUGUACAGUUAUAGCAGUGCUUGCCAAAAUAAUUUUUCAGGACAUUCGUUUUUCUUGAAAUUAAUUUGAAACAUUCAAACUGUACUAGAGGUCUUGCAUGUUAGAUGUUUCUAAGAAUUCAAUCUGCUUGUUUAAUCUCUUUAUAAUGUUUUUAACAGUUUUGUUCAAACAAUUUAAGUUCAUUUCAAUCCUGGACUUUACUGACUGGAAAAAAAAAAAAGAUAAAUUGUCUAUUCAGUCUCUCUUCUUAAUUAACUGUAUUUCUUAAAAAAAAAAAUAAAAAUCAACCCAGUUGUAAGUAAACUGGUAAUAUAAUAAGCUUGUAUUUUAUCAAAUGGACUGGAUUUAAUUUAAUAAAUUAAAAUGUAUUUUGGCUA